CCACUUGCCUCACCCCGCCUGUGCAUUAGCUUGACUACCAAGAUGCCUCAAUUACUGCGAAACAUCAAUGGCAUCAUCGACGCCUUCCAACGCUACGCCAGGACAGAGGGCAACUGCAUGGUGCUCAGUCGGGGGGAACUGAAAAGGCUCCUGGAGCAGGAGUUUGCUGACGUCAUCGUGAAACCCCACGACCCGGCCACCGUGGAUCAGGUCCUGCGCCUGCUGGAUGAAGACCAGACAGGGACCGUAGAAUUCAAGGAAUUCCUGGUCUUGGUGUUUAAAGUCGCACAGGCCUGUUUUAAGACGUUGAGUGAGGGUCCUGAGGGAGCUUGUGGACCUCAAGAGUCUGGAAGCUUCCCCCGUGGGGCCUCUGCGGAGCUGGGAGAAGGACAGAGAAGUGUCACAGAAGUGGGAGGCGGUGGGAAAGGACAGCGUCAUGAGGGGAGCAGUGGUGGCCAGGGCAGGCAGGCUUCCAGAGGGCAAGACGGGGCUGGGGCACACACCCAGGGGCCAGACAUCAGCUCUUCUCAGGUCAGUCACCAGGAGGGGCAGCACGCAUCCCAGAGACAGAAGAGAGAGAGCCAGCAGACACAAGUGAGGGGGCACGUGGAGCCAAACCAGAGAGUGGGAGAAGACCAGAGUCAUCAGACCAGUGAGUGGGUGUCGGAGAGACAGUCACAGACUAGAGAACAGAACAGAGCCCACCAGACACGUGGGACUGUUACUGGCACCGUAACUCAGACCCAGACAGGUGCCACCCAAACCACGGAGUGGGACAGGAGCCAGAUGAGCCAGGUAGCCACUAGAGGACACGAUCAGAUACCUACAGGGUCACACACCCAGACCGUACAGCAGGACAGGAGCCACCAGGCAGGAAGCACUAGCACCCAGCCACGGGAGUCCACCCAUGGCCAGACCAGAGGAACUGAGACCCACACUCAAGACAGGAGCCAGAUGAGCCAGGUAGCCACGGGAGGGCAUGUUCAGACACAGACAGGGUCACACACCCAGACCACACAGCAGGACAGGAGCCACCAGGCCGGAAGCACUAGCACCCAGCCACGGGAGUCCACCCAUGGCCAGACCAGAGGAACUGAGACCCACACUCAAGACAGGAGCCAGAUGAGCCAGGUAGCCACGGGAGGGCAUGUUCAGACACAGACAGGGUCACACACCCAGACCGCACAGCAGGACAGGAGCCAGACAGGGGCUAGAGGACAGGGACAGACCCAGACGCAGUCAGGCAGCUGUGAGGCAGAAGAGACCGUGCCAGGAGGUCAAGCCCAGGCUGGGACCAGCACCCCGACAGGCACACAGGACAGCAGCAGCACUCACCCAGGGAGCAGUGGGACAGGAGGGCAGGAUGAAAGAGAGCCCCUGGUCAAGGAAGAGUGGGUUGAUGACCAGACAAGGGACACAGUGAUUGGAAGGCAGGACCAGGGCAGCCUGCACACCGCCCAACCGGAAGGGAAGCGAGAGCUCACAGCCAGGGGGCUGUAUUCCUACUUCACAAGCAACAAGCCAUGAGCGUCCCAGCCCUGGAUCCCAGUGCCCAGUGCCAGAAGAAGACAGCUGGAGAGGCAUUGGCUUAUGCUUCCCUGGCCAGUCCGGC